GUUAAUCAAGCGGUCGCAAACACUCUGCGCCAUAACUAUGUUUUCUCUAUGGUUUAGCGAUUAAAUAAAGAAGAAAGUGGCUGUUUUGAUGCGUGAUUAAAUAUAAGGAAAAAGUCGAAGAAAGUGAUAUAAGACCUGGGAGUUUGUGUGUUAAGGGGAAUUAGAUGAUAUGGACUCUCCAAGCACAAGUCCUGCUCCAAGUCGACACAAUGGUGUGUCCUCAGGAGAGUCCAAUGAGGACCCUGCACCCCAGCAGGGUCCCUCUGUUACCAAGAGUCCAAACAAAGAUGAAGAAGAAGAAAGAGAUGGAGAAAAACGUGAUGAUGGCUGCAGCAGUCUGGCCAGAAGUGUCGGCUCGGGCAGCUCUGAUAGUGACAGUGACAGCAGCAGCAGCAGUGAGGAUGAACAACAUGUGGCCAUGAGGAAGAUCAGGAGCAGUGUGGCUCAAAUCACAUGUUCCACAGAACAACAGCCACCAGAUGUCAUAGAACCGGACAAUUUCAGAUCUAGAAGCAGAGACAGGUCCAAAUCAAAAUCCAGGGAACAAGACAGAUCCAGGUCCAGAAGCAUGGAACGGUCCAGGGGACGAGACCGGUCAAGAUCCAGGGAACGAGAGCGGUCCAGGGGACGAGACCGGUCCAAGUCCAGAGAGCGUCAUCAUUAUGACAGAGGACGGCACCCUAGGGAUCGCUACCAUGAUGAAGGCAGCCGGCGCCGAGAGCGAGACCAUGGGGGCCGCGGCCGUAGUCCCUCCCCCUCAGCCGAUGGCCAGCCUGCAUCAUCCCAUGAGCCACUAGCCAAGAAGAAGAAGGAGGAGUUGGACCCCAUUCUGACCCGGACAGGUGGCGCCUACAUCCCGCCCGCCAAGCUGCGCCUUAUGCAGCAACAGAUCACUGACAAGACCAGCUUGGCCUAUCAGAGGAUGAGCUGGGAGGCACUGAAGAAGUCCAUCAACGGUUUAAUCAACAAAGUGAACGUGUCCAACAUCGUCAACAUCAUCCAGGAGAUCUUGCAGGAGAACAUUGUCAGGGGAAGGGGGCUGUUGGCUCGCUCGGUGCUGCAGGCACAGUCAGCGUCUCCCAUCUUCACGCACGUCUAUGCUGCAGUGGUGGCCAUCAUCAACUCCAAGUUCCCACAGAUCGGAGAGCUCAUCCUCAAGCGACUUAUCCUCACAUUCAGGCGCGGAUACCGGCGCAACGUCAAGCAACAAUGUCUGACGUCGUCUAAAUUCGUGGCUCAUCUCAUCAACCAGAACGUGGCCCACGAGGUUCUGUGUCUGGAGAUGCUGACUCUGCUUCUGGAGCGGCCCACUGAUGACAGCGUGGAGGUAGCCAUUGCCUUCCUCAAGGAGUGCGGGCUGAAGCUCACCGAUGUCUCCCCGCGCGGAAUCAACGCAAUAUUUGAGCGCCUGCGCAACAUCCUGCAUGAGUCGGCCAUUGACAAGCGUGUGCAGUACAUGAUUGAAGUGAUGUUCGCCAUCCGAAAGGACGGCUUCAAGGACCACCCUGUCAUUCCCGAGGGUCUCGACCUGGUGGAUGAGGACGACCAAUUCACGCACAUGCUCCCGCUUGACGAUGAGUACAACACUGACGAUGUCCUCAAUGUGUUCAAGAUGGACCCAAACUUCCAAGAAAAUGAGGAGAAAUACAAAACGCUGAAGAGAGAUAUCUUGGACGAAGGCAGCAGUGACUCUGGGGAGGAAGGAGACAGCGAGGAUGAUGAAGAUGACGAAGAUGGCGAUGACAAGCAGGAAGGGGAAGAUGAGAAGGUGACCAUCUUGGAUCAGACAGAGGUCAACCUGGUUGCCUUCAGGAGGACCAUCUACCUUGUCAUCCAGUCCAGUUUGGACUUUGAGGAGUGUGCUCACAAGCUCAUCAAGAUGGAAUUUCCCGACAGUCAGACGAAGGAACUUUGCAACAUGAUUCUUGACUGCUGCGCUCAACAGAGGACCUACGAGAAGUUCUUUGGCCUGCUAGCAGGGAGGUUCUGCCUGCUGAAGAAGGAGUACAUGGAGAGCUUUGAGGCCAUCUUUUCUGAGCAGUACGAGACCAUCCACCGACUUGAGACCAACAAGCUGAGGAACGUGGCGAGGCUCUUCGCGCAUCUCCUGUACACUGACUCCAUCCCCUGGAGUGUUCUGGAGUGCAUCAAGAUCAGCGAAGAGACUACCACCUCAUCCAGCAGAAUUUUUGUCAAGAUUCUCUUCCAGGAGCUCUGCGCUUACAUGGGCCUGCCCAGACUCAACCAGCGCUUCAAAGAUAUAACCCUACAGACUUUCUUCGAAGGUCUUUUUCCUCGUGACAAUCCCCGAAACACUCGAUUUGCCAUCAACUUCUUCACAUCCAUUGGCCUGGGAGGUCUCACUGACGAGUUGAGGGAACAUCUGAAGAAUGCCCCCAAAAUGAUCAUGACUCAGAACCAGGAAGUGGAAUCUUCCGACUCUUCAUCCUCUUCCGACACAUCCUCUUCGUCCUCCUCUGGCUCCUCCUCUGACUCAUCCAGUGACUCUGAUUCAUCGUCGUCCAGCAGCAGCAGCAGCUCAGACUCAGACGCAAAACAUAGGAAGAAAAAGAAGAGGCAGAAAGGACAAAGUGACAAGAAAAAGAAAAAAGAGAAGGCCAAGAGGAAGAAGAACUUUGACCCAAAGGGGGACAUGAAAGGACGUGGACGCCGUGAAGAAGAGAGCAUUGGGAGCCGGAAAAAAGAAGGCACUCGAGGGGGGGAGGACAGGAGAAAGAGGGAGGAGGAGAAGCGAGGGAGGGAUGAGGAGAAAAACCGAGGGAGAGAUGUUAGCAGCAGGAGGGAUGGUGAUGACAGAAGAGCAAGGAGGGAGGAGGACAAAAGAGGGAGAGAGGAAGACAAACGAAGGAGAGAAGAUGAGAAGCGAGGGAGGGGGAGAGAGGAGGAGAGGAACAAGGAGAACAGAGACGGGAACAGAGACGACAGAAGGCAGCGAUGAACGCGUCUUCCUGUUUUGACCAUUUAGUUAUGUGAUUGAGGGAAAACAAUAUUAAAGUUGUCAUUAUUCAAUGUUUUUGCUUUCUUUUUGGCUGCAUUGGAAACUACCGGUUAUGCUACAGGUAUCUGGUAUGUAAUAUGGUAAGUCAGCCAUUUGAUAGCGAAUAAAGCCUUUGUUUAUACAAAUAAUGAG